AUGCGAGUGGAGAAUUGUGAAAAAAGUCCUCAAAUUCGGCAAAUUUGCACGAAUGAAGCAGUCACCAGUAUAGCUGAGAGUAUGAAACUUCGCCUCCAGAGCCAUAGUACUGGCCGCAGACUGAGAGCAAUGUAUAUUGCUGAAGUGCUUUCAAACUGGCUCUCAUUGCCCGGGGAAUUGCACUUCGAAUACCCGCCGAACCGAAGUGAAUUCAUUGCUGAUCUCGAACGAAUAGUGGACGAUAAAGACGCGGAAGAGGAUGUGGAAAAGUCUUUUGUAGAGAAAGAACAAGAAAGUGGAGAAAGAAGGCCUGUUGCAUUAGAAGUGGAGAAAAACAUUGAAUGUGAUGGGCCACUGGAUAGCGAUGACGAUGAAGAUUUAGAUGACGAAUUUCCUUACCGUCAUGUGGAUGCGCCACAUUACAUUCGGGAUUGCAUCGAGCAGCUCAACGAAAAAGAGGACUAUGCGAAAUUUGAAGCAGCUUUCCAUGCACUAGAUCCAUUGAUCAGGUUAUUUGUUUGUGAAAUGUUUCAAUUUUUUGGAAUAUUUUAG